UAUAUAAAAACAUUCCCAGCUUCCAGGCGUUGCCACGGUAGACAGAGAAAAAUACCUCUUGGCUAGGUUAUCACAGAUUUGCACAACUACACUUUCUGUUGAUGUCUCCUUCAGGUCACGGGCAUCUCCUAAACAUGAGACUGUAUGAUCACAUGUGCUUAGGAUUCCUUCUGGGGUUCGUCCUUCCGUUCUGCUCACAAGUAAGAGUGACUGCUUAUUUGACCACAACUGGACAUCUUUCUGUUCCUACUUCUCAAAACCCAACAAAUCCAACAUCAAGUGCUAUUCUUACAACAUUGGUUUCACAGGAGACAACCACUUACACAACACAGAUUGCCACUUUUGAAUCUACUGCCACCGAUAAAUCCAAACAGCUAACGGAGACACCCACCUCUCCAUCUCUAUCAUUAUCUCCAACACUUCCAACAGAGGGGCUGUCCUCUUCCUCUGCUCUCGCUAAUGCAGAUCCUGAACUCUCAACUCUCGGUGAGGAUCCAACUAAAACCAAACUCUGUGAAGAAAACUACAAACAACAAAUCCUGAUUUGCCUCAUCAUAAUUGGGGUGCUUGCAUUCAUUUGUGUGGGCCUGCUCUUGGUCAUCGUUGUUAUGGCAAGCAAACUUUCCUAUGACAAGAGAAGACAGCCUACUAGGCGUCUCCCCAGGAGUAAUGGUGACUUUCUGAGCACCAGCAGCUUGUGGCCAAUUGGAUUAGAGACGCUACAGAGGUUAUCGACUGAGAACCCAAAGCCCCAAAGCCUAGGCCUGGAAAGACCAAAAGAAGGGCAAAGGAAAAGUGGGGAUGAAGUUAACAAGAAACUGGUUAGUGAAAUAGCAGAUCGACAGAAGCAGAAGGAGAUAUCAGCAAACACAUAUGAAACAAUCAUAACCAGUGUUGAAAUUUAACCAUCACUCAGACUCCUGAGUUGGGAGAGAAGAAGAGGAAUGUAAAAUCUGUGGGCAGAUAUACUGGUUCCUGGGCGCUUGUAAUUUUUCAGGUACUAUACUUAAUAAGGUAGCAUUAUCUCUGACCAUGUGAGGGUCAAUGUUAACUUCAGAAGUCAAAUAAUCUUCGGAACUACAGAAGGAUGAGGAUGGUUUCAUUUCAACCAAAGUCUGACCUGCACAAAGAAAGCAAAGACGGCUAUAGCUAGGAAAAAGAGAGCAAAUGUUUCCCACCCCUAUUUACACGUAAUCGGAAGUACGGAUGAAA